GCGUUGUUGAGUAGGUUACAGUAGCGAUACGACGAGACAAAAAGGAUUGACAAAGAGCGCCGCAGGAUACUGCAGAUAAAACACAUAUGAAUCCUUGUUAUCUCGAAAAAAGGGUUUCUCACCGUAUGAUCGCCCUAGGCCUUCAGACGUCCACGAUCACCAAUGAAUUCUGAGACGACCAAGGACCUCUUGCUAUCUCAAAAUUUUGAGAGCACAAGUACCUUCCCAGUAAGAGAGCUUCCUUUCGGCCUAUGGAUGCCUUCGAAUGACAGUCUCGAUAGUUCGAGAGUGAGCCCGCUUUCCAAGAACCUACACGUUCGCCAUGCUUAUACUUAGGCACUGUAUGCUUUGAUGCCCUGAGCUAGUUCAAAGCUGGCGGCAUCGUCGGCGGAGUCACGCUUUCAUCAAUAAGAAGGACUGUACUCAAUGCUUCCUUUGUCAGUGAUGUA